AUGGUUCGAUGGAUCUUUAUAUUUUGUGCCACUUUUAUGUGGCUGAAAGUUGAAGGAAUACAGAAUCCUGUAGAGCGAUUUCAUCCAUUGUUAAGUGCGCCAAGAAAUCAACCCGGGGUUCGAGUGAGAAUUUUACCGAGAGGAUUGGCUUAUUUGAAUCAUGUGAGUUAUUCAGUGUCAUAGAACUCUUUUUAUAAAUUUUCAAAUUAACCACAAAAAAUUUUAACUGAAUUUUUCAAGUAAUUCAAUUGAAAAACGCCUUUGAAAUACAUGAAUCGCGGUUUUGUGAACUUUUCAUGAAUUUUUAAGAUAGUGAUCAAAAUUUUGUUUGCAGGAAAAAAAUGUCAAUGGUUUAAAUAGUGAUUAACCCAGAAGAAGUAUUGAAUAAUAUAAAGAUCAUUAAAAAAUUUCGAAACGUAUAAAAUUCAGAGACUUUUGAUUUUUUUUGAACGAGGGCUUAAUCUGAGCAAUCUACAUAUUGUAUAAAUACUUUAUGGAUAUAAAGUUUCCAUGUGUAAACUAUAGAAAGUAUUAUCCAGUUCACAAGGUAGUUUUAUCUUUUAUCUAGUGUGAUCUCAAGUUCCACUAUUUUUUAUUGCUUUCCAAUUAAUUUAUCCAUAGUUUACACUAGAUCAAAAAGAUUCGAUUUUUUGCAUCAUAAAAAACAUAUAUCUAAACAGUUUCAAAUAACAAACUUGAAAAAAAUCGUGACUUUCCAAAUUCAAUGAAAAUUUGUGUAAUUUAUUUACACUAAUGACCAGUUUGGUGUGAAAAGAGAGAAGAAUAAUUAUCGAAGUGAUAACUUUUUGUUAUGUAACGAGAUAACAACAAGAAAACUUGAUAAACCUUGAACGAGACCAGAUCCGAUGAAAUAGAUCAUCUAAGCAAGUUAGACCAAAAUAAUUUGCAGCUGGCUGCAAAUUUAUUAUCCGAUCAACUUCCUCGACUAAUAAUUCCCGAUGUCGAACACAUUCUUCCAAAUAAUCAAGGAAAUAUCUACAUUUCUCGGAUAAGACUAUCACGUUUUCGACGAGCCGAAUUUCAUCAAUUGAAUGCGACAGCUCCAAAUAAAAUAUCAUGGAGUAUGAGUAAUUUGGAUAUUGGAUUAAUUGGUGAUUUGAGUGGAAUGGUGAAUAUUGUUGUGCCAUUGAAUUUGACUGGACAAGUCGAGAUUUUGGCACAAGGAUUGACGUUUCAUUUGGAAUCUUCGGUAAGAGAAAGAGAGAAAGCAGACUUUGGCUAAGAUCAUCAUGGACGCUUCUGGCUUUGAUUGCAAGCAGCCAAGCCUAGGAACUUUGAUCCCGAUUUCGCAAUUAACAUGCCAAAACUAUAGCCUUGAUAUUUCUAAACUAUCUAGAUUCUAAUUUCAAAAGUUCCAACUAAAUCCAUCAAAAUUUCAGAUCGAGAAAGGGAACAACGGUUCAGCAAAAGUGACAUCACUUUCCUGUCAAGCAACAAUUCGCGAUGUAACUGUCACAAAUCACAACGGGGGACUUUUUGGGUUAGCAGUUUCAGUCUUCAAGGUAACCUACAUCUUCCCCUUCUUGAAAUCAAUCAACAAUAAUCUAUCUAUUUAGCAAGGUGUAUCCGACAAUGUUCGUCAUAUGCUUCAAGGAAUAAUUUGCAAGAAAGUGCGAAAAUAUAUUGAUGAAGAUGCAAAUGAAAAAUUGGCAGAGGCGCAAACGACAAGUCGUUUAGGAGAUGCACUUGAAACGAAUGCUUUGAAAAUGAUAAGUGUUGGUGGAGAAACUGACAAAAUACAUCCAUUUGAUGUUGCAAAUAUAUUUGAACCAUCUUUGGCUUCCAAGUUUUUUAUUGAUUUUAGGUGAGUGAACAAAAAUGGGUUUACUCCAGGCGCCUCUGUGAAAUCCUAUAGGUUGAAACUAAACUUUAGUUAGUUACUAAAGUUCAAGGCUUUACAAGAUAAAAACUAUCUGGGGUUUUACUAUUCCAAAGUAAGAUGCUCGAACUUGUUCAAGUUAUAAACAAAAAAUAAUUUAUUAACCUGAUUCCAGAUUAAAAGAACAUCCAAUCUGCCAAGACAACAAAGUGGAGCUUGCCUCUUGGGGUGAGAUUUCCUACUUGGGACAAGGCGACACACCAUUUGGACCCGUCGAUUCAUCAUGGCCAAGUAGAUCACCAUUUCAUCCGAAUAUCGACCAAACUACUCAACAAAAAGAACCAAUGAUUGAAUUAAUUGUCUCCGAUUUUCUACCAAAUUCUCUUUUAUAUCACGCGUACAAGUGAGUGACCAUGAGAGAAGAUUAAUUAGGAAAACCAAGAAAAAAGAGGCCUAGUUAAUUUCAAAAAACAUAUUUGAUUGAAGAAAUGUCAAAUUAUUUUGCAGACAACGAUUCAUCAAAGCUUUGUUAACCCCAAAAACCAAAGGAGUUGCCUCAUUUCUCCGAACAACUUGCGAAGGUGAAUUCUGCAUUUCCGAUUUAGCUCCUCAACUCGCUGAACUCUAUCCAAAUUCAACCGUCGAACUUGCAAUGACUGCAACUCGUGCACCAGCUGUUUUAUUCAGUGAACGAAAUGGUGGAACAAUUUCAAUAUCAAUGGGUGGAUUAGUUGUUGUAUUUGCCGUGAAUCAAAAUCAACGACGACAAGUAAUUGCAGUAGAUUUGGAUGUGGUUGCAGAUGCAAAAUUAUCAUUAUCUGGUCAUAAUGUUAGUGGAAGUGUUGAAUUACGCAAAUUCGAUUUACAUAAAAGAGCGGGAACUGUUGAUAUAAGUGAUUCGGAAAUUGAUGAUAUUGCACUGCUUGUUAGUCAAUUAGCCGAGAAUUUAUUGAAUGGUUUAUUGGUUAAUGGAUUACCUAUUCCACUUCCACAUGUUUUGAGAAUCAAAGAAAGUCAAAUUAGUGUUUUGAGCAGAAGAAUGCACAUCAAAGUGGAUGUCGAUGUAAGUUACAGAUUAAAACACCCCAGAAAAACUAACUCUUAAUUUUCCGGCAUUUAGUAUUUACAAAACAAUCAUAUUCGUCCAGAUUAUUAUUGAUCAUAGAAAUAAAUAGCUAGAUUCAUUAUUUCAAAUUUUCAAAAAUGAAUUUGUCAUAGAAAUGUCUCCAUUUUUUUUCAAAAGGUCACGUUGUAGUUUUUUUCCCAGUUUUUUUUCAAAACCUAAUUUAUAGCCAAUUUUCUGCCCCCACUUCAAACCUAUUAUUUACAGAUUGAUGAGCGGAGAUUAUCAAAACUCGCAUCUCAAACGUUCUUCAAAACCCCACAAUUCACAGACAUUAAUCAAAGUAAGUAAAAAACCAAAGAAAAAACUCACAACAUAUCCAAUUGUUACAGAUCCAUUCCGUAGACAAGUUCGACCCGCUUCAAAUGUUUCAAUUCGUCAAAAAACUGCUUUCAGUAAUCCAAAUUGGUCGCCAGAUACUGCAUAA